AUUCAAACGUAUUCAAAAAUUGAAAAAAUCGGUUGUUGUCGGCGAUUCCACUGGUGCGUUAGAAUUGACUCUAUGGGAAAAUCAAUUCGAUCAAAUAACGUUAGGAGCGUCAUAUCAUAUUCGUCUACUUAAGAUACGCACGUUCAACGAUCAAAGUUCAUUGAAUGCAACGUCGGACACGUCUUUUAUCAAAAUUGGUGAUCUUGGCGAAGUUAUCGAACAAAUCGAUAACAAUCUAAAUUCGUACAAAUCGGAUAAAGGUCAAAUUGUCUUCGUCGAAUCACUCGACAAUCAAUACAAAUGCCAAGGUUGUGGUGGCACCAAUUUCAGCGAAAACGAAAACACAAUCUCGUGUAAUGAUUGCCGAUCUCGAUUCCUAAAACAAGACACGAUUCAAGAUGAUUCUAUGAAAAUCAAAAUUUCAACAUAUGCCAAUGAAGAAUACAAUCUCAAAGUUAGCAAAUCUCUCUUAUCGCCAUUGUUGAACAAUAGUACUCUCUUGGCCACGACUGACACACAAUCAAACAACUUCGAAGAAAAUCUCGAACUAAUCAUAGGAUUGAAUGUUGAAUUUGCUUAUGAUUAUCACACCGGUUAUAUCAAUACUCUUGAAAUAAUAAAUCAAAAUCAACCAAAAGAAGAAAAUCAACUAUCUGCUUGA